UCGUCUUCAACAGAAGUGAGCGCAGAGCACGCUCUAGAGUCAACACGCUCAGGAAAUGCCGUCUGGCUUCAGAAAACACACCUGAAUGCGCCCUGCGACGCUUUAGAAAGCAGACUUGACCAUGUCGAAGGACCCUGUAGUCCAGUUUGGAGUGUUUUCCGUGUUGCUGUUUCCAGUUGUCUUCGCUACCGUUCCUUCUCCAACAAACGUCAGUGUUGUUUGUCACAACUUUGUGAAUGUGUUGUACUGGAACUACAGUAAACCGACCGAACAGCUGAAGUUCAGUGUGUUGGUCAAACCUUAUGAAAGUGCUUCCCGAACAGUUGACACCUCUCAGACGUACCUGGAUAUCAGCAGCUACAGCGGAGAUGUGGGGGAUGAUUACUUUGUGUCCGUGUCGGCGCAUGAUGGGCAGGAGAUAUCAGAGCGUGCCUCCAUUAGAUUCACCUACAGCAAAGACUAUUUCGAUGAGAAUAAACAUAAAUACAAAUGCUCUUUGGACUUCCCAGCUCUAAAUACAUCUGUCCACAAAGAUGUGAUUGAAGUGUCCUUUCAGCACCCUUUCAUGCUUCAUAACCAAGACAUACUAAAUGAUGAAUUUGAGUACACUAUCACACAUGAUGAGCGAAAGUUUUUAUUCUCGUGUUUUGAGGAUGAGGAGCUGUGCACUGCAGAGAUCUACCUGAACCAAAGCGCAGCUGGACAGCGUGUUGAGCUGAAGUUUGAAGGGAAGAUUGCUGGCAUUCAUUCAUAUACCUACAGAAGCGUUUCCGUCCCUCAGCAGACGCCAGAGACCGACGACACAGGCAUAUUAGCAGCUUUGCUAGGCGGAGGGAUCGUUGUGCUCUUCAUCAUCUCUGGCUUUGUGUGGCUGCUCUGCAGAAGGUUUUCCAAAAUGCCCAAAAUCCCUGCAUUUUUGCAUACCAUUAUACCUGACCAGUCUCCUACAACCCAACCCGAGGCAACCUCCAUUUCUAAGAUGACAUCUCAGGGACACACACCCCUGUUGACAGAGGACACUUUUAAUUACGGCUCUUCCCCCACUUCUCCAACUGAGAAAGACGAGGCAAACCCUAACCUCGACACCGUAGUGGAUCUCCCUGAGGCUUCAGAAGAGGACAUGGAUUUUGAAGACUCUGGCGGCUUUGGCAGGUCGUCUGACUACGACAGUCCUAAGUUCCUGCAGGAGAUGAGUCCGGAGGACUUUACUGAGGGAUACGGCCCUCGACCACCAGUGCUUUAGCUCUGAAUGUGCGUGAGAAGAAAAGAUGGCUUGUCCACAUUUGAUGUUAUCGUUACUUUUUCUCACAGUGGUCGGGUGGCUCGUGCUGAGCGGGCUGUGAAAAAACAACAUGGCACCCAUUAAAAGCCGUCUACGGUGAAGGCAGGGACUUCUGGUUCUCGCAGUGAGAGCGAUGUAUUAUUGUUGUAAAGAUGCAUUCUCAGUAUUAACUACAGCCGUGGCGAGUUUCCCACAAAAUAACCAAAAAAAAAUCAAUGUAUAAAAGAAAACGUUUUGCUAGGAAGGGGAAAAAAACAGUAGCUUUUUCAUUACAUUUACAGUAACGCAGUGUUACAAAUGAUACAUGUACUUAUUAUAACAAUAAAUGAUGCUUAAUCGCAUCCAAGUAACCCUAAAGCAAUUCUUAAUCCCAACCACAUAGCAAGUACAUGUGAUUAAUUAACAUUACUCGGUACUUAAAAGCAAAAUUGCACUGUAACAAGGACACACAUUUGCUGCAAUCCUAAAGUAACAAAAGUAAUUUUACAUUUAGGUUCAUCCAGGGCCUAAAAUCCACACUUGCCAAAGUAAAAGUUGACAAGUCGCCAGGUAAAACGUUUCUGAAAUAUAACAAUGCGGUGUCGUAGGAACAACAGGUUGUUUUAAAAGGGAUUCGCUGUUUCUGACUAAAAGCCAAAUAAUCUUUCUGAAGACAAGAUCAUCGCUGUUCUGUCCUAAGAGGCAAGAGCGAAUCAAAUAAUACAGUAUGUAUGACGGAUAUGUGUCAGAUCCGCAUCAAAUGCAUCAGGUUUUAAAGAGACAGUACUGCUUUUCAAGUAAAACCCGCUGAAGUCUAUCAUUGAUUUCAAUCACUGGACUGUUCUAGUCGCCGAUUAAUCUGUAUAGUUUAUGUGAAGAUUCUUUUAAAAUCACUUAAUAUUAAAUAAUCAAAGCCUGUAUGUUAAUAAUAAUGCUUUUAAUUAUACUGUAAUGCUGAGUUCUUUAUAAUUAAGUAAAGUUGGGGGAAAAUGCAUUUUAAUAGAGACAGUAGCAGUAUCAGUGUGGAAAAAGUUGGUUUUAGACCUCGAGUAAACCCGGAAAACAAUCCUGUGAACAGCUGUAAAAAUCACUCAAAUAAAACUGCUCGUGUACCUGCUAUGAGCCAUGACCGUCCGGUUUUUCAUAAGCGGAUAUUGCUAUUAAUCUUGAUUUCACGUUUCAGAGCAUUCGUUUACCUCAGGGGAGAAGGAAGAGCUGAGUGUAUUGCAUGCAAUGCACUCCUCCAGGCAGUGGUUCGUUACAUUUCUAAAGCGUUCGCAUAUGUUUAAACGAUAACAGGCUACAAUUAAUAGCUGCCAGGCGCUUCUCUGUAAUUCUACAGUUCACUUGCUAUAAAUGUUACGCAUUGUACGUUGUAUAAAAAGAACAGCAUUACUCUGAAUGUCGCGUGAUCAAAUGUUUCAUCGCUUAGAAAAAUGUCAAGAUGCAAUUUCAAGGGAGGAAAAUGUGAUCCGAUAUCAAUGACUUUUUUUCCUUGUGCACUUUUUUUUAAAUUACAAUGCUGUAAAGUUUUGCUUUUGGAAAAAUUAAGCAAAUUUGCACAGAGUUGAUCAAGAAUUGAUCUGGAAUAAAGAAGGCUGCAUUGACUAGAAAAGGUGUCAAAAAUUGUAAAUCCAUUGUAACUAGAACCCAAAAAAUGACAAUCAUACAAGGCAUUCUCAAUCUCUAGCGUACUUUCAUCUGAAGGCCCAUACGAUACAUUCAAGACGUAUUUGUUUCCAGGAAAUUGCACUAAUGGUUGCAGGUGCCAUCAUUUAGAUGAUAAUAUGUAACAAGUUUCUGCACUUUAAUAGACUUUAUUUUCUUUAACUAGACGUCUGUAUACCGUGUCUUCUGAUGUUCAUGUGCUUUCACAUAUUUUAAUCACAAUAAAGUAAUUGACCGGCUGCUUCGUUA